GGAGAGCAGAACUCUGCACGGUGCGUGUUUUGAACGACGGAGACAAACGGACGAUUGAAGGCGAGUCCCAGAGUUGAUCAGUAUUUUCCUUUUUUGAAGCAUUUUCAUCUCUUUUAUUCGAACGGACGCAGUCGCAACGCCGUUAACAAUGAGGAAAAGUGAGGUAUUAGCAGCGGAGUCUGUGUCAUGCCUCACCAAAGCCUUGGUCUACCUGAAGGACAUUUGGGAGGAGAUUGGCAUACCAGAAGACCAAAGGCUACAGAGAACUAAUGCUGUCAAGAAACACAUUGAGGACUUACUCAAGAUGAUGAUCAAAGAAGAAGAAUCCCUGAGGAACAGAGUUAUAAGCAGCAUUCAGAACUGCAAAACUGAAGUGGAGAAGCUCUGUCAUGAACUUCAGAUUCCAAUGUGUCAAGAUCAGGCUGGUCUCAGCAUGCUCCUUCAGGAGAAGACCCUUCGUACGCGAGUCGAGGACCUGCUAAAGGAGAAGACUCGCCGCAUGCAACAGCUGAAGGCUCUGCUUGAGGAGGACCAGGAGCUUUGUGACAUCCUGUGCUCCAUUCCAUUUGAUAUCUCCCCACAUUCUGUUCCAACAAUGGACCAACUAGAGAGCUUUCAACAACAUAUUACGAACCAGAAUGCAGAGAAGACAAACCGGUACGCUGAGUUUGUGGGCCUCAAGAAGCAGAUCAUCUUGUGCAUGAACGAUCUGGAUCACAUUCCAGAGACCAGCUUUGAGAAGGAUGUUGUCUGCGAGGAUGAGGAAACUUUUUGCCUGUCUCGUGAUAAUAUUACCUCACUCAAACUGCUUCUUUGUCAGCUGGAGCAGCACAAGGCAGAGAACGAGGCAGCGUGUGAAGCUCUUCGAGAGAAGAUCCAGAAGCUGUGGGACAGAUUGCAGGUGUCCCAGGAGGAGAGACAACCUUUCGAUGAACACAUGGUCAUGUCCAAGAAGCGCAACCUGAAGGCGUUGCAAGCGGAGAUAAAUCAUCUGGAAGAACUAAAACUACAUAACAUUCACAGAGUCACAGAUGUCAUCCGCUCUGAGAUUGCUGUGUUUUGGGAGAAGUGCUUCUUAAGUAAUGAGCAACGGCAGUCGUUUUCCCCGUAUUUCAGCGAGGAUUUCUCUGAGGAGCUUCUGAGUGUGCAUGAUGCUGAGAUUCAGCGUUUGAAGAAGUAUUACGAGGAUCACAAAGAGCUUUUUGAUGGUGUUCAGCAGUGGGAAGAAAGCUGGAGACUCUUCCUGGAGUUAGAAAAAAAAGCAUCAGAUCCAUCGAGAUUUACUAACAGGGGUGGGAAUCUGCUCAAAGAGGAGAAACAGAGGGCUGAGUUGCAUAAAAUGCUGCCAAAGUUGGAAAAGAAACUCAAAGCCCAGAUUGAUGCAUGGGAAAGUGAGCAGGGCAGUGAGUUUUUGGUCAAUGGCCAAAAGUUUCUUCAGUAUGUGGAGGAACAGUGGGAGAUGCAUCACGCAGAGAAGGAAAGAGAAAAACUAGAAAGGCAACUGAAGAAAAGCAAGCAGACUGAGGAGGAUAUGUUGUAUGGAACAGCCGUACAAACCACCAAGCGCAGAAUGCUGGGCCACCUUAAACCUUACAAAUCACGAGGGAUGAAUGCCACUUCCAGUACUUCUAUGGCCACACCCAACAGCACGAUGCGUUCUGCCUAUGGUGGAACUGUCUGUCGUUCACCAAUGGCACGGCCAAGGACGCCUUUAACUCCUAACAAGGGUCCUGCACUAAGGAUUGGUGGUAAACCUCCCCAUCCACUUGUGAAGAACUGUAACAAAGAGAAUGACACCCAUUUAAGGGGAACCCCUGUAGGUGGUGUGUUGGUGGCUUCUCCUCAUCGGCAGUGUGACAUCAGCCUUAACUCUGUUGCCAGCACGUAUUCGGAGUUUGUGCGAGACUUGUCCAAGGCUUCUAACCCAAAGAUCCAGCAGCACAUCCUGAACUCUACCAUCACCAAACUUUGACCUCUCACCUUUGGACACGAUACCUCCACUAUAAAUACCCAAUUCUGUUUUACUUUGCUGAGCUCAACCAGUGUUUAGUGUUUUUUCCGUUAUACGUUCCACCGAUUUUAAAAAUGUUUGGUUUUGUUUCGUCUUAUUUUUUUUUAAUUUUAUGCACAUUUCUCAAUAUAUUGUGGCACUAUUUCAUUAAGUGAAGUUAAUGUGGUUAUUAGUAGCCCUGCUAUCAUACACGUUUGCCUAGUCUGUCACUGUCAACAGAGAAACAUAAGUUAUAGUAACGCUACCUUGUCUUUUUACUGUUGGUGUUAUUUUCUUUUACAAACUGAAGUUUAAGCAAUGAACUUUGAAAUUGUGCAAUGUAAAGGUUACAAAUCAAAUGUAUAAAUAUUCGCACUUUUUUGUAAAGAAAUUCCCAAUUCAUUCUGGAGUUGUACACACUGUUCCAUUUGAAUUUUUCCCAACUGUUUGCAAUCUAUGAAUGAAUGUGUGUACAUGUAUUAAUAUUUUUUCACCUACUGUUUUGUUUCUUUUCCUAAUGUCGUUUUUUGGACAAGCUGAAUAGCCUAUUUAAAUGUAAAUAUGUCCUAUAACAGUGCUUUUACAAAAGACAGAAUCGUUAAAGUAACCUGUAAACCAUCGUCUAAAUAUAAAAGACGUGUCUCACUUUGUAUACAUGAACUAACAGUAUUUCACGUCAUUCGUUUGUCUUCCAUACAGCUUAUGCUCACAAGGGUUGUGGGCGUACUGGGGCCUAUCCCCACAGUCUUUGCCAGAAGGUAGGGUCACCCUGAACUGGCCGCCAGUCACACCUAUGGCCAAUUUGAAGUGGGCAACCGGCCAACCAUGCAUGGUUUGGGAAUGUGGGGGGAAACCUGAGUACCCAGAGGAAAUCCAAGCAGGGAUAGGGAGAACAUGCAAACUCCGCACAGGAGGGCCCUAACCCUGCACCUCUGAAAUGUGAGGUGGAUGUGGUGUAAAUAAAUUACGGAGCAAAUGACAAUAGAA